AGGAUCUUACUGCGUAAAACACAGACCACUGUAGCUGCUCUAUGUGCUAUGAUGGAAACACUUCGAAGUUUUAGUUCGGAUUGAGAAAUAUCAACUUGAUUCGUUUCCACUGAAGGCAACGGGAUAAAAUAUUGACACGUCAAAAUACAUCGCAGUCGGGCUUUAAUUGCGUUCAUUUAAUUGCAUUGGGCGACGUUGUGAGACAUUUUGAGCCAUUCAUUCCAAAGUCCUCUUUACAGUAUGAGGUGCAGUUAUGGCAAGCAGUAGUAAGAAGUCAGUGGCGAGGACCCUGGAGGAUCUGACGCUUGAUUCUGGUUAUGGUGGAGCAGCAGACUCCUUUAGGUCUUCCAGUGCUUCACUGUGCUGUUCCGAGGCACAUAUACCUUAUGCGCAUGGGGGGAAUGUUUGGCAUUUAACCGACUCCAUGCACAGUCGCCACAACAGCCUGGACACGGUCAACACAGUCUUGGUCGAAGACUCCGAUAUCCUGGAUUGCUCCGGACAGUGCGCUAAACUACCCGAGCUCGAGGACGUGCCAUGGAGCCUCGGGGAAGUAGAGAGCGCACUGAACAAGGACGAAGAGUUGAGGCUGGGGGUCGUGUCACAGGAGAUCCUGGCUAGGCUCUCGGUCCUCAUAAGCCGCGCACUCGUGAGGGUCGCCAAGGAAGCGCAGCGCCUGAGUUUGCGCUAUGCCAAAUGCACCAAAUACGAGAUUCAAAGUGCCAUAAAGGUUGUCAUGUCUUGGACAGUCUCGGUGAACUGCAUCACCGCCGCACUCAGUGCCUUGUCUAUGUACAACAUGAGCACCGAGGACAAGUUCAGCCGCGGAAAGUCACUCAGAUGCGGACUCAUUUUCAACGUGGGGAAGUUCUUCAGGUGGAUGGUGGACAGCCGAGUUGCGGUGAGGAUCCACGAGCACGCUGCCAUCUACCUGACAGCUUGCAUGGAGAGUCUUUUCCGAGAGGUGUACGCACGCGCACUGCGCAGCGCACUUGUGGAGAAAGAUAAUGGGAUCCCUAAAUUCACUGUUGAGUCCCUCGAACAGGCCAUCAACAACGAUUCGGAGUUAUGGGGGUUCCUGCAGCAGUAUCAAUACCUCAUUUGUGGGAAGAAUGCAAGUGGUGUGCUCAGCCUACCAGAGAGCCUGACUCUGCAUCGGGACCAGCAGCGGUCAGGGAAAAGUGGGGAGGGCCACUCCUACAGUCAGUCGGAGCUGCGCUCCAUCGAGCAGUGCCUGCUAGCCACACGGGUGGGCAGCAUCUCAGAACUCAGUGACCUGGUCUCCCGGGCCAUGCACCACCUCCAGCCGCUGCAUGUGAAGAACCAUAGCAACGGGACGCCCAUCCACCAGAAGAGCAGCCCAGUACACUGGGAGCCUGAGGCGCUCUACACUCUCUGCUACUUCAUGCACUGUCCCCAGGUGGAAUGGGAGAACCCCAACGUAGAACCCUCUAAGGUUACCCUGCAGACAGAGAGGCCGUUCCUGGUUCUACCUCCUCUGAUGGAGUGGCUCAGGGUGUCGGUGGCCCACGCAGAGCACCGCCGUAGCUUCUCAGUGGACAGUGACGACGUCCGGCAGGCCGCCAGGCUGCUGCUGCCAGGGGUGGACUGUGAACCACGCCAGCUCAAGACAGAUGACUUCUGUGCAUCCAGGAAGUUGGAUGCAGCAUCCACAGAGGCUAAGUUCCUCCAGGACCUGGGAUUCCGUAUGCUCAACUGUGGCCGGACCGACCUGGUCAAGCAGGCUGUCAAUUUGCUGGGGCCUGACGGCAUCAACAGCAUGAGUGAACAGGGAAUGACCCCUCUGAUGUACUCCUGUGUGAGAGGGGAUGAAGCAAUGGUCCAGAUGCUGCUGGACGCUGGAGCCGACAUCAACAGUGAGGUGCCAAACACAGUGCACAAGUACCCCUCAGUCAACCCCGAAACGCGCCUGGGGACACCACUCACUUUCGCCGUGUUACACGGACAUGUCCCUGUCGUGCAGCUGCUCCUGGAUGCCCGGGCCAACGUAGAGGGCUCCCUACAGGACGGUAUGGAGAACUACACAGAGACCCCGCUACAGCUUGCCUCCGCUGCAGGUAACUUUGAGCUGGUCAGUUUGCUGUUGGAGAGAGGAGCAGACCCCAUGGUGGGAACCGUGUAUCGUAACGGUAUCUCUACUGCCCCUCAUGGAGACAUGAACUCCUACAGUCUAGCUGCAGCACAUGGACACAGGAAUGUGUUCCGCAAGCUGCUGUCCCAGACGGAGAAGGGGAAAGGGGACGUGCUGUCCCUGGAGGAGAUCCUUGCUGAGGGGACAGAGGAAGAAAGGGGCCUGGAGGAGAGGAACCCCUCCCAGCUGGACCUGGUCCGGACCGGCAAGGCCAAGCUCAAGGCCCUGAGAGAGGCCAUGUACCACAGCUCUGAACACGGACAUGUGGAUAUCACCAUCGACAUACGCAGCCUAGGGGUCCCCUGGACGCUGCACACCUGGCUGGAGUCUCUGCGGACGUGUUUCCUGCAGCAUCGGAGACCACUGAUCCAGGGCCUGCUCAAGGAGUUCAGCUGUAUUGAGGAGGAGGAGUACACACAGGAGCUCAUCACCCACGGCCUGCCACUCUUGUUUCAGAUCCUACGAGCCAGCAAGAAUGAGGUGAUCAGCCAGCAGCUGUCUCUGAUCUUCACCCAGUGCUACGGACCGUACCCCAUCCCCAAACUCCCUGAGAUAAAGAGGAAACAGACCUCACGCCUGGAUCCUCAUUUCCUAAACAACAAGGAGAUGUCAGAUGUGACCUUCUUGGUGGAGGGGAAGCCAUUCUACGCCCACAAAGUCCUGCUCUUCACCGCCUCUGGCAGGUUUAAGUCUCUACUGGCGAACAGACCAGCUGCUGAAAACACAUGUAUUGAAAUCAGCCACGUCAAAUACAACAUAUUCCUGCUGGUGAUGCAAUACCUCUACUGUGGUGGGACGGAGCAUCUGCACAUCAGAAACACAGAGGUUAUGGAGCUGCUGUCAGCGGCCAAGUUCUUCCAGCUGGAGGCGCUGCAGAGGCACUGUGAGAUCAUCUGCUCUAAGAACAUCAACACAGAAACCUGUGUGGAGAUCUACAGCCACACCAAGUUCCUGGAUGUCCCAGAUUUGGCUGUCUACAUCGAGGGCUACUUCCUGAAAAACAUGGUGGUGCUGAUUGAGCUGGAGCCCUUCAAAACACUGUUGUACGACACGCCUCCAGACAGUCCCGCCACCGAUGUACUCCUGGACCUGGAGAAGACCCUGGGCAUCCGCAUCCAGUCCAUCCACCUGUCCUCCUCCAAGGGCUCCAUUGUCUGAUUGGUUGAUUUAUUGAGCUGCUAAUGGGACUGGAACUGUCUGUCUGUCACCAUUGACCCCAGUUCAACACAUAGCUGUACUGAACCACACUCAACAGUGACACUUUUAAAUUGCUUGCUGUGCUAACACGCUAUUGCCAUUCUCCUGCAGCCUACUGAGCUUUGGGCCGAGCACUUAGGCAAAUGGACAGCGCUGGAACCCCAGAAAUUGUGAAAAGGAGAUUUUCAUAGGGCUGAAGUAAAGCUGACUCAUCACAGCAAUAGUGGGACUAUAUCGCUGAGAUGCAGUGAGGAAUGUGUGUGUGUGUGUGUGUGUGUCUGGAAUCAUUCGUAAAGCCCCGGCCAACAUUACUUCGCUCCUUGACAUUAGUCUCCAGACUGCAGUCAGACCUGCCAUUACUCCACGUGUCUACUGGGCAGAAUCAUUGUUGGUACUUUUCUCAGCAUGGUUCUGCAAUCCUACAUAGCUUUAUAGUCUAUUUAUAACUGGGCCUAGCCAAACUUAACAUAAGAGCAGACCUGAGUUCAAUAUUAUUUGAAAUAAAAUACUUUUAGCAUUUGCUCUAGUCUGCCCGGGGUGUCAGAUUGGUGCAGUUUGCACUUUUGUGACUAUUCUAUUGGUUCCAUUGUGCCAGGCAAGCUCAAUCACGCCUAGAUAAAGUAUUUAACAUGAUUUCAAAUAGUAUUUGAACCCUGGUCUACUACAUGUAAGAGUGAUAUGUGGAUAUACUGUAUGUCAUGUGGUAGUAUGUUUUAAGGGAGUCAUGCAAAGGAGAGAGGUAUUGGGAAAUUCUUCAAGCUACGUUUGGGAAAGCAGAAAACACAUUUCCUUCCUUCAUCCGCUGUUAGAACUGUGUAAAUAUUGUGAAUAAAACACAGAGCUUUGGCUCCUCUUGUAAGUUAAUGUAUAUAUCCUACAGAUGUUUCUUCUUCUCAUGCGUCUACUCAUUGGAUAUGGCUUUAUAAAAUGUUGUUCUUUUCAAUGUGUUAUCGUUCUGUAUGUUUCAAGUUGCAUGUCAUGAGAAUGACUGUUUUGCUUGUGUUCAGUUUGGUUUAAGAGUGGCAUGAGACUUUAAGAGAGGAAGCAGGAACGGUAUUGAGGAGCGAUAUUGUCAGCAUGUGUCUCUAAAUGUGUAGACGUGUACUGGUGUCUUCAUUUCAGGAGUGAACGGUUAUGGGCCUGUAUUCAAAAAGCGUCUCUGAGUGGGAGUGCUGAUCUAGAAUCAGGUCCCCCUGUCUAUAAUCACAUUCAUUAUGAUCUAAAAGGAUAAAACUGAUCCAGCACGCCUACACUGAGACACUUUAUGGAUAGAGGCCUAGUUCAAAAGAUGAUCAGGGUCUAUCCUAAACCGGAGAAGCGUCAUCUGUUGUGUUUUCCAGACAUUGUGAAACUACAUGUAAAUGUGUGACUUAAUAUCCGUUUCCUCCAUAAAGAUUAAUAUAAAGAAUGAUAUGAAUCCUCCCUAGA